AUGUCGCAAGUAUUAAGACUUCCUGAAGAAUUGUACAAAAAAUAUAGCAUCACCGAAUCAUUUGUAUCCGGUAUUUUAGAUCUUCACUUUCCAUUAGACGAUCCUGUAUAUGCCAAACAGAUUGUUGGCACUUUAAUAAGCAAUGAAUGGGAAAGAAGAAGUAAAUUAAUAACUCAAAAUAUCGUUUGGCGAAGCCCUAGUAAUACCUAUCAAAAGAUUAAUGAAUUACAACUUCUUUUUCAACUUGAAUUGCCUAAUUAUCUACCCUCUUCCGUAUUCGAAAUUUCUUACGACUUAAAAGCAAUCAUCAAACGAAAAUCCAGUAUAUUGAAUUUUCGUGGUUCAACGAAAUCCAUUAUAAUUCGUUGUCCAAUAACCAGAUAUUCUUUACUUCCAACAAUUCCAACUCUAACCCAAUUCUCAAAUUAUGAUGACCCUUCUGCUGUCUCUCGAGGAAUUGGGUUUUUCGUGUUAAUAGAGCAUAAUGAGUUUAGUCAAUUAAUACCAAUUAGUAUUGAUUUUGGAUUGAUUUUUUAUAAACUUGAUUUAGAAAUUAAAGAAGUAAUGUUAGGAGUAAAGCAAUGUAUCAUUAUUGAAGGUGAAGAAACAGGGAUAAUGAAAAAUGCAUAUAUUUUUAAAAGAUUUAUUAAAUGUGAUGAAAUUAAAAAUAGAUUAGAUCAUAAUAAUGAAUAUAAAUCUAAUGUAAGAUUUGAAAUUCCUCCACAAAAUGACACAAAACUUCUUGAUUGGCGCGGGGCUCGACUUAGCGUUAAUCAUAGUCAUUUAAAAAUUUCCCAUAAAAUUAAAUUCAAAGUAAAAUUUGGUUUUUUUGGAGGAAAAGAUAUUAAAUGGAAAAAAGAUGUUAAAAUUGAAAAUAUGAUGAAAUGGAUUUAA